AUGGUUUCUGCUAUUUCCAAAACCAUCAAAUACACCGCAGGUAAGGACAAGCUGCUCACAGUAGCAGCUGGAUGUUUCUGGGGUACCGAACACAUUUACAGGAAGUAUUAUGGUGACAAAAUCGUUGAUUGUAAAGUUGGAUAUGCCAAUGGGGAUGAAAACGCCAAAGAUGGGAACUCUGUUUCUUACAAAAGGGUUUGCAGUGGUGACACCAACUUUGCAGAAGUGCUUCAGAUUUCGUUUGACCCGAAAACCGUGAGUCUCAAGGAACUGGUGGACUUUUUCUUCCGGAUCCACGAUCCAACAACGCUCAACUCGCAAGGUCCCGAUAUGGGCACUCAGUACCGUAGCGCAAUCUUCACACAUUCAGAAGCUGAUCUGGUAGAAUGCAAGAAACUAAAGGGUCAAUGGCAACCCAAAUGGAAAAACAAAAUCGUGACUGAGGUCGCACCCUGCAUCAACUUUUACGACGCAGAAGAGUAUCACCAAUUGUAUUUGGACCACAAUCCAUCCGGAUACGCAUGUCCGACUCAUUACGUCAGAGAUUUGUAG